AUGAUUAAAUCAAAAGGGAAACUUUAUAACUUUACCAUAAAUGGCAACAGAUGAAGGAGAAUUAGCAAUAAUAAGCUCAAAGCAGAUAGAAUCUGUUGGAAUAGCUUUGAUUCUACUUCAAAGAAGAAAUCUCUGAACAAAAUACCUCAAGACCUCCCUCAAACUAAUGAUAAUACUCAAAACUGAACAGCUACUGCGGAAGGAGAUAAUGAUUUUGGUGAAGAGUCUCCAUACAUCCAAUCUUACCAAAAGAAUGACCCUGAGAUGAUUAGGGAGAUGAGUAUGGUUCUUCAAAAUCAUUCUCGAAGCUUCUGUCCCGAAGUCUCUAGAAAGGAAAAACUUCUCAGAAAGCAAGCAGGUUCAGACCUAAAACUUGAAAAUAGUUGCAUAGCAUACAAAAAACCAAGAAGAAAAGUAUUCAGCGAGACCAUGAAUAUCCAUUACUCUCCGAAAGUGAAGAAGAGGCAAAAUUUGUAUGACAUCUCAAGCAUCAAUCAAUACAAGAGUAUUUAUAAAUUAGUAAAGAGUAAUGAGAAACAGCUCAAGAAAAUUAUUGUCGUUCCUCAGAAAAGUAAAAGAAGUAGGAAACUGAGCAAAGUCAAUACCUCAUCUAAGCCAGCCCUAGUUAAAAAUGAUGAUACUUUCAUCCUGAGGAAACACGCAAGCAUGCUUAGAAUUGAUGUUCAGAAGGAGAAAGGAAGAAACGGAAGAACAACAAGAAAGGAUACUGAUGUAAAACUUGAAACGAAAAAGGCAGAAAUUCAUAAAAAGCUUCAUGAAAUUUCUCAUGAAUACUCUGAUUCAACGAAUGUUAAUUCAAAAGGGUCUUCUAGGAAUGGAUCAUCAAGACACAAACCCUCUAUUACUAGAGACAACAAAGUAGGGGAUAAGAAUUCUAAUGGUGCCUCUAAUGUUCUUAACAAAAAUAAAAGAAUUUUACACUCUCUUAGGGACACCAGAAAUAUCGAAUUUAGAGAUCCCAGAGCAAAUAAGUAUGCAUCUAAAACUGAGGAAGACAUGCAGUUAAUAUCUUUAUAAAAGCUCAGGAGGAAAAGUAUAAGAUCAUCUCCACUAGACUGAGAGAAUCUAAUUCAGCUGAGAAGCCUCAGACUAGAACCAGGAACAGAGGAAAGCAUACCUCCUUCUUAUCAAUUAUUAAUUUUAAAUUGGGCAACAACUCUUUUGAGAAAUCCGCUCAGAAGUUAAAAGAGAGAGAAACAACGAUUUUACCUGAAAAUUACAGCAGAGUGAUAAGAAGAAAUAGUCGUGAAAAAACUGCGAUCUUGUCUGCUAAAGAUUUAAUUUUAAAUCGUCUUCAAGGACUUGAUCAAAGACGGAAGAAUGAAGAAACAAAUAUUAUAACAGAGACUUAUGAGAUUACAAAUCCAGAUAGUGAUAAGGACUUGCCGUCCAUAUUUAAUGGUAUUCUGAGUAUGAAAUCAAUCAAGAAAAAGAGAGCUAAUCUUCGCUCCAAGUAGAGCACAGAGAUGUACCUAUAACGUAAUUAUUUUCCUAAUCAUAAU